AUGCGAUCUCCUCAGCCUCUUCGCAACGGAGGCGAUAACAGUUGUUCGCCGUCGCAGCCACCUCGCUUCCAGUCGACGGUGGCGGAACACAAACUGCGUCGUUUCAACCUCCUAAUCCUCGUGUUCCGCCUCGCCUCCUUCUCCUUCUCCCUGGCCGCCUCGGUUUUCAUGCUCACAAACACUCGCGGCUCCGAUUCUCCUCACUGGUACCACUACGACACCUUCAGAUUCGUUGUAGCUGCGAAUGCGAUAGCGGCGGUGUACUCGAUGUUCGAAAUGGGCGCGUCGGUGUGGGAAAUUUCGAGAGGCGCAACGCUUUUCCCCGAAGUGCUGCAAAUAUGGUUCGACUUCGGGCAUGACCAGGUGUUGGCGUACCUGGUGUUGUCGGCGAGCGCGGCGGGGACGGCGAUGGCUCGGACGCUGAAGGAGAUGGACACGUGUAGGGCGAGCAGCGCGUUCUGCGUGCAAACGGAGAUAGCCAUAGCGUUGGGAUACGUGGCGUUUGUGUUCCUAGGGUUGACGUCGCUGCUAACGGGAUUCCGCGUCGUCUGUUUCAUAAUCAACGGUUCCCGUUUUCAUCUCUGAGUUCACAGGAAGUGGGAAGGAGCCAGAAACGAAUAUUUUGGUGGGGUCACUCUCACUCUCACUGUACUCCAAUAUGUGACUCAUUUCGAAUUUGGAAUGAAAGGCUCCUUCCUUUUGUAUCAAAAUUAGGAUUAGUAUUAGUAUAUUUAUCUAAGCAAUGGAAAACGAAGGUUUCAUGCCUUGGGAAACGUGUUGCUUCCGUUUUAGUAUGCCACUUGUAUUGUAUGUUCACUUCAUUGAUUUUUAUUUUUUUAAGAAAUCUUAAUAACACUUUGAUUAUAAUUUAUUUUAA